AUGUCUGCAGCUUUGCUUGCGCAGAAAUUGCACGAUCAGACUGCGCCACCUGGUCACAAGAUUAUUCGUGAAGGCAAUGGCGUCAUAAUCUUUCCAGAGCAGAAUCAGUUGACUAAGGAGGCGCGUAAGUCUGCAAACGCAGCGGGGCAGGGAGCCACAUUUACGCCAAAGGACUACACGGAUGAGGAAAUUGAGACGCGCUUGGUUGCGACAGCCGAGGAGAAUGGUAUACGUAUCUUUGAGGCCCUUUCAGCCUCGGGUUUGCGUUCAAUUCGCUAUUUUCAGCAAAUUCCAGGUGUUAAGUCUAUCCUAGUGAACGACAUGGACCCUGCAGCUGCUGAAAAUAUCAAACGCAACAUUGCAUUGAAUAAUUUGCCGAUAGAUAGAGUCGUCCCAAAUGAAGCAGAUGCCACUGACGUCAUGUACAACCAUAGAAAGCCGAUGGACCAAUUUGAUGUGAUUGAUCUGGACCCAUACGGAUCGGCCUCAACCUUCUUAGACAGCGCCGUGCAGAGCGUCACGAACGGUGGACUGCUGUGUGUGACUUGCACAGAUAUGCCGGUGCUUUCAGGGAAGCAGCCUGAAAUUUGCUUCGCACGUUAUCAAGCGCUACCUAACAAAUCGCAUUACUUGCACGAGAUGGCACUUCGAAUGGUACUGCAAACCAUCGAGUCGUCGGCGAAUCGCUACGCACGCCAUAUUGUGCCGAUUGCAUCGUGCAGCAUUGAUUUCUAUGUCCGUCUAUUUGUUCGCGUAUUCAAGUCACCUGUCAACGUCAAGAAGGCGAUGACCAAGCUUUCAUACGUUUUUCAGUGUGUUCAAUGCGAAAGCUUUCAUUUGCAGCCACUAGGCGUGUCAAGCGGAAAUACUUACCACGCAUCUCGCGGCCCUAUCGUCGGUCAAAAUUGUGAUCAGUGCAAUGGAAAAUACAAAAUGGCGGGACCAAUUUGGUCAGCACCUCUUCACAACCGAGAUAUCGUGCUUAAAAUUCGGGACCGAGUUGAAAGUAGCACAACGGGCUUUCCCACAAAACCCCGCCUUCACGGACUUCUGACAACGAUUUCCGAAGAGCUGGUGGACGCACCGUUGCACUACACUCUUCCGGGUUUGUGCAAGGUUCUGCAUUGCUCUAACCCCCGGAUGUCACAAAUCAAAGGUGCCAUUCGUUGCGCGGGUUAUGAAGUCUCGCAGUUUCAUAAGGUGCCGGAGGCUAUCAAAACCACCGCGCCAAACGAUGUUAUUUGGGAUAUUAUGCGCUGCUGGGUAAAAAAGCAUCCAUUGAACAAGAAGCGCGACAGGGAGGAGACUCCGGGCAGCCGCAUUUUAAUUAAAGCACCCAAAUUUGAGGCCAAUUUUUCUUCAAAACGCCCUGAACCAAAAGAUAAGGUCAAGGCGCUGCGUUUUCCAUUGAACCCAGAGCCAAACUGGGGGCCAAAAGCGCGUGCCGUAGGUAAACGCAAUGAAAGCACUACUUCUAAUGCGGCAAGUGCAGACAAGGUAAACGAGGCUCAGAAUCAUCGAACGGAGUGA